AUGUCCAACUCCACUGCAACAGCCCGGAACAUUCGCCCAUGGACAUUACGCGGAGUCACACCGGCUGUUGGACCUGCCGAUCUCGUCGUGUCAAGUGUGAUGCCUGCCUUCAUCAAGAACGCCGUCCGAUCUGCCUGCGAUGCUCCCGAAGCAACCACACUUGUGGAUAUGGCAUCCGUCUCACCUGGCAGGAGGAUAAUGAUGCUCGAGGCAUAUGUCAUGGACGGGCCGGCGUCUGGUCAAAAGCAGGGAAACAAAAUCGAUCAGGCCGUCAGAGAAGAACAAAGAGCGAGGGAAUGGCUGGCCUUCCUCCGUUCCCCCAUCUAG